GAGAGGCGAAUAGCGUGGCCGAGAUGGGAACCGUGUUCCGUUUCGCGAUCGAGGAGGGCAGAAUAAUCGAGAACGAGAUACUGUUGGAGGACGGCGAAUUCGUGGUUAGGUCGAACGUGUUCGUGACCAAGGUCGUACCGACGAAACGGCAGAGCGUCGCCGCGAGGGAACCGAUGUCCAGUUGGCGGUUUCGCGUGAUCGAUCUCGCUCGACUGACCGAGAUCUUCCAGAGAGUCGCGCCCUACGGAACCGUGUCGGAGCGCGCGUUCGUCUACAUUCUGCAGGACCUGGUCGGCCACGGCCGCGAGGAAGGAGAAUCGAUGCUGCUUCCUUGCUCGUGGUAUCAGCUUCGAGGCAGCCAAGUUUCCGAGUUGGUCCAUUGCCUGUUCGGCGACGUCGAUCACAUCGAUUGGCGACAAUUGAUCGUUUACGCGAUGGAACUUCCUUGGCCGAGCCAGCAAGAUCUGUUGAUCGCCAGAGAUCGGUUCCGUGCUCAGGAUCCCGAGUCGAGGGAAACGGUGACUCGCGCUCAGUAUCAUCGGACGGCUCUGUGGUUUCUGGACCGCGCGCUAACGGACACCGAGCAUCACCACGACCUUCUUCAGGACGAUUUCCAAUGGACCGUCGAUCGGCCGGACGAGGAGGAGCCGUAUCGUUCGUGUCGGGACGACGGCGAUUCGAUGAUCUCGAAGCUCGGGAAGGGCUCGGGUUACGACGCGAGAUUGCCGUCCAUCUUCGAGGACGAAAUGUUCAGGCGAACGUUCGCCAAAGAGCUGCUCUGUCGCAUGUACGCGGUCGAUCGACGCACGAUCAACUACACCGCGUUGUUGUUGGUCUUUUGCAAAGACGACGAUCCCAGAGAAGGUUUCGGGAAGGCGGUCACGCUGGCGCUGGGAAACAGAGUGUGCACCGACGAGGAGGAAGGCGAGAGAUACGUUCAAGAAAUUUACGAGCGGAAGCGUCUCGGUCUGUCUUGGCAAACGGUCUCCCGUAGCGAAGCACUCGAGGUGGCGAGACGGAUUCUCGAUCGAUUGGUCGAUCGAGCGACGACGUCGCUCUCGGAGAACGAAUCGGAGGACGAAUCGGCAAAGGUAUCUCGCGCAUCGCUCGCGUCCUCGUACUUUUCGAACAUCGAGUUCGAGGGCGAAGCGAUCUCGUUCGUCGAAUCGUCGACGAGCGCCGAACGGGACAAGGAAGCGAUCGUUUACUGGCUUUCCCUGGACCUUUGCCUCACGGUGCUGGCCGCGACCCUCCCCUGGCACGCGUUGCGACCGGAGAUCUUCGGAAACCAUAGCAAUCUUCGCGAUCGCUUGUCCGCCGUGUACGAGGAGUUGAGAGACGAACACUUGAACGAGCGGAAGAACGUCGCGUUGGCGCAUCGACUGUUGAAUCACGAGUUUAUGAAGCGCUUGUUGAACAGCGUCAGCAAUUUCACCGUCAAGAAUAUCGGGGACACGGUUAAAAAAAUCUUGCGAGCCGGCGAACGAACGUAACGUUCGAUCGAUCGACCGACCGACCGACCGAUUCGACGCUAGUAGAGAGAGGAGCGUUGAAAGGAAUAUAUUUCAGGAUAUAAGAGUUUCAAUAGCCUUUAUUGUUUCGAUACAUCGCCGACGCGUGACUCGUGAAAAAUUCUAACGUUCCGGGUAAAUUGCGAAGAUACCUCGGUUCGCGUUUUCUUUUCUUUUUUUUUUCUUUAUUUUCGCCUUUCACGUUCGCUCUAGACGAAAA